CUUAUUUGAUCAUACACAACAUUAAUUUCCCAUUAUGGCUUUUCCUUUAGUACUCUCCAUAUCUAUACUUCUCAUAUUUUUAUGUUACAAGCUCUACCACCUGCUCACCUCCAAGCUGCCGCCAGGGCCUUGGCCGUGGCCGCUCAUAGGAAACCUCUUCGACAUAAAGCCGGUGAGGUUUCGGUGCUUCGCCGAAUGGGCCCAAAUUUAUGGGCCCAUAUUUUCUUUUUACGUUGGAUCACAGCUAAAUGUGGUGGUGAAUAAUGCGGAACUUGCAAAAGAAGUUCUUAAAGACAAUGACCAACAUUUGGCCAACAGGUUUAGAACUAAGCCUCUUGAAAAUGUAAGUAAAAAUGGGAUGGAUUUGAUUUGGGCAGAUUAUGGGCCUCAUUAUGUGAAAGUAAGGAAGGUUUGUAAUCUUGAGCUUUUUACUCCAAAGAGACUUGAAGCUCUUAGGCCCAUUAGAGAAGAUGAAGUUACUGCCAUGGUUGAGAACAUUUUCAGAGACUCUGCUAGGUCUCGCAAUGUUAGUAAUACCUUGAUGCUUAGGAGCUACUUGGGAUCAGUAGCAUUCAACAACAUAACAAGGCUAACAUUUGGUAAAAGAUUUAUGAACUCAAAAGGUGAAGUUGAUGAGCAAGGUGAAGAACUCAAAGCCAUUGUCACGAAUGGGAUGAAGAUUUCAGGAAGACUAAAUUUGGGUGAGUUUGUACCAUGGUUACGUUGGGCCUUUAAACAUGAAAAUGAAGCUCUUGAGGCACAAGACAAGCAUUUGGACAAAUUUACAAGAACUAUGAUGGAAGAACACACACUUGCUAGGACAAAAACUGGGAAAACCAAACAACACUUUGUUGAUGCUUUGCUUACUCUUCAGAAGGAGUAUGAUCUUAGUGAUGACACUGUUAUUAGCCUUCUUUGGGAUAUGAUAGCAGCAGGGAUGGACACAGUAGCCAUAACUGUUGAAUGGGCUAUGGCAGAACUGGUAAAGAAUCCAAGAGUUCAACAAAAGGUCCAAGAAGAGUUAGACCGGGUUAUCGGGUCGGAGCGGACCGUAAACGAAUCAGAUAUCUCCAACCUCUCCUAUCUACAAUAUGUAGUCAAAGAAUCACUAAGGUUGCACCCUCCAACUCCACUAAUGUUGCCUCACAUGGCCGGUAACAAUGCUAAAGUGGGUGGUUACAACAUUCCUAAAGGUUCAAUUGUACAUGUUAAUGUAUGGGCCUUAGGUCGUGAUCCAAGAAUUUGGAAAGACCCUUUGCAAUUUUGGCCAGAAAGAUUCCUGAAAGAGGAUGUGGACAUGAAGGGACAUGACUAUAGGUUAUUACCAUUUGGUUCUGGUAGACGUACAUGUCCAGGAACCAACCUUGCAAUUAAUUUGGUCACGUCUAUGUUAGCCCAUUUGUUGCACCAUUUUAUUUGGUCACUGCCAAAUGGUGUCGAGGUUGAAGAAGUUGAUAUGAUGGAGAGUCCUGGUACUGUCACUUACAUGCAAACUCCAUUACAUGUUGUUCCAACCCCUAGGUUGCCACUACGCUUGUACACACAUGUCGAGUGAACAUACGACAUCAUUUAUUUUAUUUUUAAGUUUUACUAUUACAUACAUGUCGAAUCAACACGACAAUUAGAUCCAAAACACAUACAACGUUUUAUUAGUACCACUAGAUUAUAAGUCUUGGUGGUAAUAUGUAACAUCUUUUAUUUUUGCAUUGAUUUUUUUUUUCUUUUAGUUAGUUAAGUUUGUUUUACCUUGAGUCUUGUGAAGUUGUAACAUCUUUCUGGAAUAAAAUUUAUCCCUUAUUUUUAUCUUUUAUUUUGAAGUGGCAGAGAAAUUUCAAUAUGUUCGCAUUUUUUUUUUUUUUUUGUAUAGUAAUAAUCUAAUUGAACUUGAAAACAUUUUUUCUU